AUGGCGACCACAUUCGAUCUGCUUGAACGCCGCAAGGAGCGCUUCGUCCUCUGGAACCCAGCCAGCCAGUCUACGCCGAGAUUGAUUCUCGGCGUUUUCAAAACCACGCCAAGCCCGGGCGCUGUGGCGGUUUUGUUCAAGGUCGACCUGUCACACACACAGAAUGGUCUCUGGGAAGUCUCUCCUAAUGCUAGGACACUACCAUUGGAGAAUGGUAAGGUCUAUCACUACUGGUUCGAGGUGGACAACACCUUCCCUACCCAGACGGGCUCGGGCAAGAUCACUAUCACCGAUCCCUUGGCAUACACCGUGGACUACAGGCAAUUCGGUGAUCAAGUAAGGGACGAUUCUAUGCAGCCUCCAGCAGUCAUCAAGUUCCGUGAUGGCAAGCUCUGGCCGUGCGAUAUUGAUGGGACAGAAUUGACUCCCAUCCCUGCUCCUGUCCAACCUCAAGUUCCUGCCAACAACCAUAUGGUCAUCUACGAGCUACCAGCAUCGUGGGCGAAGUCCGGCCCCAAAGGAAAGCAAGUCGAUCGAGGGACUUUUGCCGAUGUUCAAGCUUUAUUCGACAAAGACAGUCCUGGUCUCAAAUUCAGUAGCAUCCCUGCCGUUCAGAAUGAGUCUAUUGUGGCUGAUCUUGGAAUCAAUGCCCUGGAACUCUUGCCCAUCGCAGACUCCAAGUAUUUGGAUCAGUGGGGAUACUCAACUGCUCAUUACUUCGCCCCGGACGCUGACCUUGGGUCGACUGCAAGCCUCAUUGAGCUCAUUCAAACCAUCACUCCUACCACGAGACUUAUUCUAGAUACGGUCAUGGCUUUUGGCCACGACCCCUACGUCUAUGCGGCUUUCAUGCAGUUCCAUCUUGUCGCGCUCAAUCCUGGAAACACAACCGACCCGUUGCAGAAAUUCGCGGAGCCCAACAACUCGGACAGCUACACGUCCCACAACCAAGGACCGCGGAACUCGUAUGGGGGCAGUCUCUGGCGGUAUGUACCUAGUACCACGGAGCCUCAGCAAACGUAUGAUCCCCAGACAGGUCAAGCGACCUGGCAGCAUCCACCGUCGUGGUCUUUUCAUAGGGGCCACCUCCAUCACUGGCUGACCAACUUCGGCGUUUCUGGCUUCAGACUGGACAGUAUCAAUAAUGUGGCCAACUACGAUUUCAUCAAGUACUACAAGGAUUAUGCAUGGAAGCUGCACCAGGCGAGGGGCGGCACGACCGACAAGUUUAUCGUGAUUGGAGAAGAGCUCAGCGUGCCUAAAGAUCUCCUCACCUCGGGCACCCUUAACGCACUGUGGAACGAACCUUUCCAAGGACGCCUUCGUGCGGCAAUCAUUGGAGAAGCGGCCGACGGUGACAACUUCCAGUGGACAGUCAGGAAGAUGAUCAACUGCACCUUGGACGGGUACACGGAUGGAGCCCAAGCCGUCAACUACAUCACUUCGCACGAUGUCGAGGGUGAUCGAAAAGAAAGACUGUACAACUUCCUGUCCAACUGCAAGGUCUAUGAUAUCGAACGACGUGCUAAGCUGGCUUUCGCAUGCUUUCUCACGGCCGUUGGAAUUCCUAUGAUCUUCGCUGGCGAAGAGUUUUGUGACCAGAUGGACCUCGAUAUUUCCCAGAAACAAUCCGAUCCCGUCAACUACGAGCGCAAGAGUGACGAUUGGCGAACCCGAGUCUUCAAUUACGUUGCCACGCUCGUAGAUCUACGCAAAAACUGCCCAGCUCUUGGCCUGGACGACACAUCGUUCAUCCAUGUCGAUGAGAGCCGUGGCGGGAAGAUUAUAGCUUGGGUGCGCGGAACGACCAAUCCAGUGGUUGUCGUUGCCAACUUCACUGAUCAAGACACUCCGGGACCUCAGUAUUACGUCCCGAAUUGGCCCGACAGAAACCGCAGUGACUGGAGAGAGAUCACGCAGAAUCGGGCCGUGCCGGCGGAGUGGGUCGGCAAUGAGCCCUUGAUGCACUGGGAAGCGAAGGUGUAUACUUAUUGGAAGCCUGCCGACGUGAAUGGGCAGGCGAAUGGGGUGAACGGGAUGCACAGCUAG